GGCCAACUAAAUUCGAAAAUUCCAAGUCUUUCAGGGGGUUAUGGAUAAGGACAUUAAACCUUCCGUUGAAAUUGGCAGGAAAAUCUUCGAGACGAGAUUGCCAUUUGAACAAGUUGCGUUGCGCUCGUGUUCACCUCUCCCCCCUUUUUUACAACAUUACAUUUUUUAUCCUAUUUAAAUCCACCCCUAUUCUGGCAUUGAUCCUCGCCUCUCUGUCUGGUUUAGGACUUUAUUCUCUAUAUUCUAGUUGGAUGUUCAGCUGAUCGCUCGCUCUAACAUCCUUUCACUCUUUUUCUUUUCCCCUUUCUCUUUUUCCUCCUUUCCCCUUUCUAAAUUCCCCGAUCCACUUGGGGAUGCAUCGCAUUUGAAGGUUAUGAGGAGAACAUCGGUCUCGUUGCCUACUAAGCAAGUACACCACGAUCCUCACGAGAAACCUAACCGUUACGACUCGGGACACCGAGAACCCGGCAUCCUGGAGAAAAUACAAUCCGCGACGAUGAACCAGGCCCAGAAGACGCGAUGGCUGAAGACCACGGCUAUCGUUGUUUUCAUGGUGUUCCUGUUCUACUACUUCUCGCCGAAGGGAGUAGAAGUGGUCAAAGGAGUAUCGCAUAAUGGCGGUCAGGUACCUUCUGAUUCUUCGUAUGGAACCGAUAGAUGCACGAAAUCAUUCUCCAAGGACAAGCCGAUCGUACAAUAUGUCCUUAUGAUCGACGCCGGUAGCACUGGAUCUCGUAUCCACGUGUACAAGUUCAACAACUGCGGUUCGACCCCGGAAUUGGAGAAGGAAGAGUUCAAGAUGACCGAGAAGAGCGUUGGUGGCUUGAGCAAGUAUAAGGACGAUCCUCUCGCUGCCGCGAAGACCUUGGACGAUCUGAUGGCUGUCGCAAUAAAGACCGUCCCCGACAAGUUGAAGGGUUGCAGUCCGGUUGCCGUAAAGGCGACCGCUGGUCUGCGAAUGAUUGGCCCGGAGGCUAGCGACCGAAUCCUGGAAGCCGUUCGCACUCACCUUGAGAAGGACUACCCCUUCCCCGUCGUCUCGAAAGAGGAGAACGGUGUCGCGAUCAUGGAUGGUUCGGACGAGGGUGUGUACGCUUGGAUUACGACCAAUUACCUCCUAGGAAAGAUUGGUGGUCCCGACCAGAGCCCGACUGCUGCUAUCUUCGAUCUUGGUGGUGGUUCUACCCAGAUUGUCUUCGAGCCUACGUUUAAGGGACUUGCUUCCGGCGGUAUGCCCGAGAAGUUGGCCGACGGCGACCACAAGUACGAGCUUGCCUUUGGCGGUCGCAAAUUCGACCUUUACCAGCACUCUCACUUGGGCUACGGUCUGAUGGCCGCCCGAAACUCGAUCCACCUUAACCUCCUCCACGAUAUCUACAGCAAGGAGAAGUCAGGAAGUUUCCUACAGAAGCCCAUCCUUAACCACCCUUGCAUCAACUCUGGCCAGACCGAUACCAUUAAGGUCAAGCUCGGCGAGGACAGCCCUCUAGGCAAAGGCGAGGUCGAGCUUAACGUUACCGGCCCCGCGACUCCGGCCCCAGCCCAGUGCCGUGCCCUAGCCGAGCGCAUCCUAUACAAGGACGCGACCUGUAAGCUAGCGCCGUGCUCGUUCAACGGUGUCCAUCAACCCUCGCUAUCUAAGACAUUUGCUACGGAAGAUGUGUACAUCUUCUCUUUCUUCUUCGACCGCACCAAGCCUCUGGGAAUGCCCGACAGCUUCACCCUGCGUGAGCUUCACGAGCUUGCCCACGCCGUUUGCGGCGGUGAACAGGCCUGGGAUGCGUUUAGCAACGUGCCGGGUGCUUUGGAUGAGCUCCGUGACCGCGGAGAGUACUGCUUAGAUUUGAACUUCAUGAUCGGCUUGCUACACACUGGCUACGAUAUGCCGAUUGAUAGAGAGGUAAAGAUCGCUAAGAAGAUCAAGGGUAACGAGUUGGGAUGGUGCUUGGGAGCCAGUCUGCCCCUACUAUCCAAGAACUCCGGCUGGUCAUGCAAAGUCAGCCAGACGUACUAAUUAGAUCGCAUGAUACCUUGACGAAGAUCGAGGGCAUGAUAAUAGAGAGAGAGCUUUACAACCUUUUAAUGAAAUGAGGAAGGCACGGAAACGUGGAUGGCACGGUAUGCCCUACGAGGCUGGCGUUUCGGAUCAUGAAUGAUUGCUGUAAAAGUGUUGCACGAAGCGCGGCUUCGGGCAUUCGCGUCUUGAUGAAAGAUGGAUUAGUACUUGUGACGUUAGGUUAGAUAAUGCGAAUCAUACACAAAAUUACGAACAAGACACAUGAUAUACAUAUACAUCCAGUGAGGUUAU